CCAUAUUGAAACUUGCCAUACCAUCCCGGAUAUCAGUGUUGGAUCUCAAAUACAGAUUUAAGAUACAUGGUGGUCAUUGUCUUAAAUCUGUGUUUCGGAGACCAUAGUAGUGAAACUCAAAUGUUAAAGUUUAUGAUUAGAACUCCUAUGAUCAACUGUUAACGUGUGAACGAGACGUCGACCUCUUGUACUAGGGGAGUUACAUUCAGUAUAGAAGUAACACCUGAAGAUGCCUAAAGUAAAGGGACAUUCGUCGGGCAAAGCAAGGGUCAAGCCAUAUGAAAAAAAUGACAAGAAAGAACCGGGGACAGAUAGAGAAUGUACAGAAGACAAUCAAUUGGAAACAAAGAUUAAAAAUGACUACCAGCCUAAUGAAGAAACAAAGAUGGACAUGGCUGAUUCUUCUUUGAUAUCACCCCAGUGGAAAUUUAAUAAAACAUUGGAUGAUAUCGCAGAGUCACUUACAGAAAAAGACCUGCCAAGAAUGAAAUUUUACUGUACAGCCGGAUGUUUCGGACGAAAGGCGUUGAAGGAAGCCGAUAGUCCACUCAUGUUCUUUCAGUUACUGAUGGAUAUGGACUUUUUAAGUUGCAACAAUCUCCUACAUUUACAAGCCAUGUUAUGGCACAUCGGCAGGAAAGAUCUACACAAGCAAAUGGUAAUGUUUGCUAGAGAGUGUCGGAGACAACCAUUGUAUUUCUUCUCGCCGAAGUCAAAGCCAGUUAAUGGGUUUAAACAUGUGAAGUUCCACAUCGGAGGUUCCGAGACUAACAGACGAGAAGUGGAAAACUUAGGAAGCGUUGUGGCAAAAUUACUGUGCGUAAGGCACGAAGAUGUGGCACUAGUGGGCUUUCAACCUUCAAACAGCAUCGUCAUCACCUUUAUGCUGCCCGAAGAGGCUAUUGAAACGCUGCAUGACCUCGUGCCAGAAGAUAGAAGCGUGCUGAAAUCCAUGAAAGUUGACUAUAUAUUCGUUGGUGAACAAGAAAUACCCUUGAUUGGUGAAAGAAUGGAAAAGCCUACAACGAUAUCGCAGAUAGCAGCAAUUUCAAAACUACUAGCAGAUGAAGAAUAUUCGAGAACCAAAGUAGAGAGACUACAGUCUUUACUUCUGAAAAGAAAUGAAGAGCUACGACUGGCUAAAUCAAAUGAGAAAAGCAUGCAACAGGGCAGGGAUCAAGCUGUCCUUGCGUUUUUGACGCUCAUGAAUAAUCAACGACAAUCUGCAACAAUCGAUUCUCUUGUUAGCAAGAGUUGUAUGGCGUAUUUUCAACAUAGCCUUCAAACGUUCAGGUCAAAAUUUCCCGAUGAGAUGGACACCAUUGAAAUGCUACUUGAGGCAAAGGAACUGCUUGCGUGCAAGGCUGAAAGAGAUGCGUGGAGGCUGCAUGAGGAAUCAAUGAGACUCCUCAAUCAAUUGGAGACAAAUGCAUUGAGGAUUCAGCACAGCAUAGACAUUACCAGUCUUCAAGGUAUACGCUACAACCGGAAACCACCAAGACUGAAUAUUGAUGGUAACGGAACCCAACAGAACGCAACCAUCCAAGUCAGUGUAAAGAUGGUAACACAACAGGUUCAGACAGGAGACAUGUCCACAGAUAUGUCCAUUGUACAAGCCGAAAAUGCUCAUCAUAAUAAAGUUACAAAAGCUUUGGAAGAAAUAUCCAAAAUGUUAAAACCUGCACAACGAAAGAGCUUACUAAGGCACUCGGGGAUUAACGAGAGAGACGAACGAGUGUCUAAAAAUAGCAACGAGCAGUUUAUGCUUAAUCUGUAUCGUCUACAAUCGCCCAAACAGGAGAACAAUGAAUUGGAGUUUGCUUUUGAAUUGGUGCGCCAGCUAGACGAUAAGACGCUAAAUGAAAAAAUGUACAACAUUGAAGUGGAUUUGGCAAAAUAUCAUAACGCACAACAUGCCAUGUUGCAGUGAAAGAGAUCACACGACGCCCUUCUACAACAGUUAGCAUCUGAUCAAAACCUUGACCCUGCAAACAUGUACGACUUUUGAGGAAACAUUUACAGGAAACUUAUAUAGCUCGAACAUUGGGGCAACUUGUUUCGUUCGAAAUGGAUUGUAUUUUUGUCGUGUAUUUAAAUAGCAUAUAAAAACUAUGGGACCUUCAUUUAAAAAGCAUGUAUGAAUUAUGGGACCUUCAUUCAAAUAGCACGUAAGAACUUUGGGGACAUUCAUUCAAAUAGCACGUAUAAACUAUGGGACAUUUAUUCAAAUAGCAUAUAUUAACAAUGGGACCUUCAUUUAAAUAGCAUGUAUGAACUAUGAGAUCUUCAUUCAAAUAGCACGUAUGAACUAUGGGACCUUCAUUCAAAUAGCACGUAUGAACAAUGGGACCUUCAUUUAAAUAGCAUAUAUUAACUAUGUGACCUUCAUUCAAAUAGCAUGUAUUAACAAUGGGACCUAAAUUUAAAUAGCAUGUAUGAACUAUGGGACCUUCAUUCAAAUAACAUGUAUUAACUUUGGGGACAUUAAUUCAAAUAGCACGUAUAAAAUAUUGGACAUUUAUUCAAAUAGCAUGUAUGAACAAUUGGACCUAAAUUUAAAUAGCAUGUAUGAACUAUGGGAUCUUCAUUCAAAUAGCAAGUAUGAGCUAUGGGACAUUUAUUCAAAUAACAUGUUUUAACUUUGGGGACAUUCAUUCAAAUAGCAUGCAUGAACUAUGGGACAUUUAUUCAAAUAGCAUAUAUGAACUAUGGGAUCUUCAUUCAAAUAGCAUGUAUGAACCAUGGGACCUUCAUUCAAAUAGCAUGUUUUAACUUUGGGGACAUUCAUUCAAAUAGCAUGCAUGAACUAUGGGACAUAUAUUCAAAUAGCAUAUAUUAACUAUGGGACCUUCAUUUAAAUAGCAUGUAUGAACUAUGGGUUUGUUUGUUUGUUUGUUUAUGUUUAACGGCCCAUCGACGGCUGUGGUCAUUUAGG